CUAUAAGCAUUACUUUGAGUUUGCAUAACACUGAUAUAGUGAAAAUGAGUGACAUUGAAGACAUUUUGUUGAAAGAUGACGACGUUUCAUGUUUUAAAAUUGGGUGACAUGUUGCCAAAAAAUCUACUUAAAGAAAGGAAACUGGUGGCUGUUCGAGAUAGUUAUUUUACGGCUGCUGGCGAAAAUUAUGGUAGUACUGUUAUUUCGAUCGUCAUCACUCUACAACAUGAAUAUUCUAAUAAGCAGGAAGAAAUUUACACUGUGGCUAAAUUCCCACCGCCUGGUGAAUUCUGGAGAAGGGUAACCAAUAAUUCGCACACAUUUCGUAACGAGUUAGCCUUUUAUCAAACUAUAUUUCCAACUUUACAAUGUUUCCAAAAAGAACAAAACUCAGGUAAAACAUUAGAGUUUUUUCCAAAAUUUUUGGGAGGAAGAUUGAGCCUAAACCCUUUGGUUAAAUUUCCGGAUGAGGAUGCUAUAAUUCUACUAGAAAACCUAAAGGAAAAAGGCUUCAAGAUUCAUGAUCGAUACAUUGGUUUUGAUAUAUACACCUCUAAACUCAUUUUGAAAAAGCUGGCACAACUCCAUAGUGUCACAUUAGCCUUGAAACUUAAGAAACCUGCAGAAUUUGAACACAAGAUUUCACCUUACUUGGAAGAGUAUGAAAUAUUUACUAACGAGGAUGGAGUUUUUCAGAUUUUGGUGAAUAACUUGUUCAUGGCACUCGCAGGAGACGAUUUUUGUUGUCCAUAUUUGGAUAGAAUUAGAUCGACAGUUAAUACAUGUCUGGGUAACUUUUUUCUGCCAAAAAAUACGUUAAAAUUUCGACAAGAUACCUUUGCUACCUUCAUUCACAGCGACUUGUGGACUAAUAACAUAAUGGUGAAAACAUAUAUGAAUAAGGUACAAGAUGUUAAAUUGUUAGAUCUGCAAUUGUUCGAAUAUGCUUCUGUAACCAAAGACUUACUCUUUUUUCUUUUCACGAGUGUGGAGAGUUCACUAUUGAUAGAAAAUCUGGAUGAAUUAAUAACCUUUUAUUACAAAGAACUUAAGGAAAAUCUGGAAGAAAUGAAAUGUUGUGACGACGAUUUUUCGUUUAAUGCAUUUACAACAGAAAUGAAGACUGUAGCCAGCAGUAUUGGGUAUUUUCAUGUAAUCAGAGGUUUUCCUUUUAUUUUUUCUGCUACAAAUGUCCUUUGUGAGGGUGAAGAAUUUACCAGAGAGCAUUUUUUCAAAUGCAUAGAAUUUUCGAAGAUAUGUACAGCUAGAGUUCGGUUAACCACACGAGUGUUUAUCAAGCAGGGAUGGAUAUAAUAAGAUUUUUGAAUAGUUGUCGUGUUAAUACGGGGUAUUUAGUUAAAUUUACGCGGUAAGCAUUCUUUGAGCAUGCGCACUGUUAUGUGUUAAAUAAAACUUUUAUAAUGUAGUAACAGAUUGUGAAAUUCCUGAUUCACGCUGACAAACAAAUAUUUUUGAAAUGUAGAGAUAACAAAAACAUAAUCUGAGUAAGUUUUAAAAAGAAAUGGUUUAACUUGUGAAUCAGCUUUUUGCUAUGUAAUGAUUGCCUUGCCUUUGAUAAUAAUAACAGAAUUUUUUUUAAUCACAUGAAAGAAUUAAGUAUGAAAUUAUAACUAGAUU